AUUUCCGCUAUUUUCCACUAGCGUAGUUUUGGAUUCCCAUCCAACUUGUAUUUCUUUUUCAUAUUGUUGAUUUUAAUAAUCAGGACGUUAUAAAUGUUAUUUUAAUUGUGAAAAUUUCACAGAGAAACCAGAAACAAUGAGUUUCUCAAGUGACGAAGUGAAUUUUUUGGUGUAUCGCUAUCUACAAGAAUCUGGAUUCCAACAUUCAGCAUGGGUAUUUGGUAUCGAGUCUCACAUAUCACAAAGCAAUAUAAAUGGAGCUCUUGUGCCACCAGCUGCAUUGUUAUCCAUUAUUCAAAAAGGAUUACAAUACACCGAGGCUGAAAUAUCAAUCACUGAAGAUGGCACAGUUCAAAGAAUGGUCGAAUCUUUAUCACUCAUUGAUGCAGUUAUGCCCGAUGUUGUUGCCUCUCGGCAAAAUCAACAAAAUCAACAAAAGCAACAAGUAAAAACGGAAGUUCAAGACACAAAUGGAGAGGAAGUUGUUACCUCGAACGAAGGUGUUGGCGCGAACGAUCGUGCCGCUGACAGAUCAGAAAUGGAAGUGGACGAUCAUCAACAGGGUGCAAGUGCAGCAGCAUCGGUGAAUGCAGUGGAAAUUCCACCAAGUAAAGCAAUGAAAUUACGAGGUCAUGAAUCCGAGGUGUUUAUAUGCGCUUGGAAUCCAACAAUGGAUUUAUUGGCAUCGGGCUCGGGUGAUAGUACGGCACGAAUUUGGGACAUGUCGGAUAAUACGACUUCACCUAAUCAACUUGUUCUUCGUCAUUGUAUACAAAAGGGUGGCGCUGAAGUUCCAAGCAAUAAGGAUGUCACGAGUUUGGAUUGGAAUUGCGAUGGUACCCUUUUGGCAACGGGUAGUUAUGAUGGUUAUGCACGUAUUUGGACAACAGAUGGUAGAUUAGCUUCAACUUUGGGUCAACAUAAAGGACCAAUUUUUGCAUUAAAAUGGAAUAAAAAGGGAAAUUAUAUUUUAAGUGCUGGCGUUGAUAAAACGACAAUUAUUUGGGACGCUGCUAGUGGACAGUGUACACAACAAUUCAGUUUUCAUUGUGCUCCUGCACUUGAUGUCGAUUGGCAAACGAAUACAUCGUUUGCAAGUUGCUCGACCGAUCAGUGUAUUCACGUAUGCAAGUUGAAUGUCGAUAAACCAAUCAAGAGUUUUCAGGGCCACACUAAUGAAGUGAACGCAAUCAAAUGGGAUCCGCAGGGAAAUUUAUUAGCCAGUUGUUCGGAUGAUAUGAGUUUGAAAGUGUGGUCAAUGAAGCAAGACACUUGGGUACAUGAUUUGCAGGCGCACAGUAAAGAAAUUUACACAAUUAAAUGGUCACCAACUGGUCCAGGAACUCGAAAUCCAAAUAUGAAUUUGACAUUAGCCAGUGCUUCAUUUGAUUCAACAGUGAGAUUGUGGGACGUUGAAAAAGGCGUGUGCACUCAUACACUAACAAAACAUACCGAGCCAGUAUAUAGUGUAGGUUUCAGUCCUGAUGGUAAAUUUCUUGCCAGUGGAAGCUUUGAUAAAUGUGUACACAUUUGGUCAACGCAGAGCGGACAACUCGUACACAGUUAUAAGGGAACUGGUGGCAUUUUUGAAGUAUGUUGGAAUAGUCGUGGUGACAAAGUUGGAGCUUCUGCAAGUGAUGGCAGUGUAUUUGUGCUUGAUCUUCGUAAACUGUGAUUGCAAUCGACCGGUUAAUUUUGCUGAACAUGUUAUUAAUUUUUUUUUUUUUUUUAAUUUCAGUUCGUGAGAUACAAUUAAUAUACAAUGAAAUUCUAUAUUAUUUCAAGAUUUAAUGCUCCAGUUGUACAUAUUGUACGAUUUCUUUCUUGAAGAAAAAAACACUAUUUUUUAUUGAGUACAUCCUAUCAAAAGUGGUUUACUUUGA